AAUUGCACACAUUCGCUGGUCAAAAACCCGCGGUGUAACUGCAUUUUAUCCUUGUCAGCUAGGUAAAAUAUAUUAUAAGAAAUUUCUUGUCACGUUUCAGCAGGCAGGUGAGCAGGGAAGCAGGCGAGCCAAAAAUGACGGGUAAUCAGACAGACAGGAAAUCAAUCAGCAAAGCGGCAUCAUGUUGACUGGAUUAUUCCGGAUCCACGGCCUGUUUGUGGCCUCCCACCCCUGGGAGGUGAUAGUAGGAACAGUGACACUGACCAUCUGCAUGAUGUCCAUGAACAUGUUUACGGGCAACAACCAGAUCUGCGGCUGGAACUACGAAUGCCACAAAACUGAAGAGCAAAUUCUUAGCAGUGACGUCAUAAUUUUAACCAUAACACGAUGCAUAGCCAUUGUGUACAUCUACUUCCAGUUUCAAAAUUUACGACAGCUUGGCUCAAAAUAUAUAUUGGGCAUUGCGGGGCUUUUCACUAUAUUUUCCAGUUUUGUCUUUAGCACAGUGGUGAUUAAUUUCUUGGAUAAAGAACUGACAGGCCUUAAUGAAGCGCUGCCCUUCUUCCUCUUGCUGAUUGAUCUCUCCAAAGCAUGUGCACUCGCUAAGUUUGCCCUGAGCUCCAACUCGCAGGACGAAGUGAGAGAGAACAUUGCUCGCGGAAUGGCCAUCCUGGGACCUACAUUCACUCUGGAUGCUCUGGUGGAGUGCCUGGUUAUUGGGGUGGGAACUAUGUCAGGUGUGCGUCAGCUGGAGAUCAUGUGCUGCUUUGGCUGCAUGUCUGUUCUGGCCAAUUACUUUGUCUUCAUGACCUUCUUCCCUGCCUGCGUCUCCCUCGUGCUGGAGCUUUCCAGGGAGAGCAGAGAGGGGCGUCCCAUUUGGCAGCUGAGCCACUUUGCCCGUGUCCUGGAGGAAGAGGAGGACAACAAGCCUAACCCUGUCACUCAGCGUGUCAAGAUGAUCAUGUCUCUGGGCCUGGUUUUGGUCCAUGCUCACAGUCGCUGGAUUGCUGAACCACCUUCACGAAACAGCACAAGCGAGGUACCCAGCAUGGAGCUGAGCCUCAGCGAAAAUGUGUCCAAGAGGAUUGACCCACAGCAGACUCUGUGGUACUUCCAUUUGUUAAAGAUGACCAGUAUGGACAUCGAGCAAGUGAUAACCUUGGGGCUGGCCCUCUUCUUGGCUGUUAAGUACAUCUUCUUCGAGCAUGUGGAGAUGGAGUCCACUCUGUCGCUGACUAACCCCAUUACGGGGCCUGCUAUUGGCCAGCGGAGGGUAGCAGGGGAGUGCUGCAGGAUGGAGCCAUCACCUCCCAGGUCCCUGCGGAGGCCCACCACGCCGCCUGUGCCUGUCUCCGAGGAGAAGGAGGAAGUCAUCCGGCCUCUGCCCAGUGAACCGAAGACAAUGUUUGUCCUUGGGGGUGAGGAUGGCCCUCUAGAGGCUGUCGGGGAGCCUCUGGCCAAGCUGCCCCUGGAGCCACGUCCUGUGGAGGAGUGUCUGUCCAUCCUGAAAGAUCCUAAGAUGGGUGCCAGGUACCUCAGUGACGCUGAAGUGAUGCUGCUGGUGAACUCCAGGCACAUCCUAGCAUACAACCUGGAGGCUGUCAUGGAAACGCCUGAGCGCGGGGUUGCGAUCCGCAGGAUGAUGCUGACCUCCAAACUCCCCAGGCCUUCUGCCCUCAGCUGUUUACCCUAUAAGAACUAUGACUAUUCUAAGGUCAUGGGAACUUGCUGCGAGAACGUGAUUGGCUACAUACCUGUGCCCGUGGGGGUGGCGGGGCCUCUGCUGCUGGACGGGAAGCAGUUCCAUGUGCCGAUGGCGACGACGGAGGGCUGCCUGGUGGCCAGCACUAACCGAGGCUGCAGGGCCAUCGCUGAGAGCUUGGGUGUCCGGAGCCAGGUCCUCGCCGACGGCAUGACCCGCAGCCCCGUGGUUCAGCUGCCCUCUGCCUGCGAAGCCGCCGAGGUCAAGGCCUGGCUGGAGAGCCCCAAGGGCUUCUGUACGAUCAAGGAGGCCUUCGACCACACCAGCAGGUUUGCCCGUCUGGAGAAGGUGCUGAUUUGCCUGGCCGGGCGCAACCUGUACAUUCGCUUCCAGUCCCAAACUGGGGACGCCAUGGGCAUGAACAUGCUCUCAAAGGGUACGGAACAGGCCCUCUCCAGGCUCCAAGAAGAGUUCCCAAAGGUGGAGAUCUUGGCAGUGAGUGGGAACUACUGCACAGACAAGAAGCCCGCCGCGAUCAACUGGAUCGAGGGCAGGGGCAAGUCUGUGGUGUGUGAGGCCACCAUCCCGGGUAGAGUGGUCCGUGAGGUUUUGAAGACCACGACAGAGCGGCUUGUAGAGGUGAACAUCAACAAGAACCUGGUCGGUUCUGCCAUGGCCGGUAGCAUCGGCGGCUACAACGCACACGCAUCCAACAUAGUGACGGCCAUUUACAUUGCUUGUGGCCAGGACCCUGCGCAGACGGUGGGCAGCUCCAACUGCAUCACCCUGAUGGAGCCUACGGGGCCCACACGGGAGGACCUCUACAUCAGCUGCACCAUGCCCUCCAUUGAGCUGGGCACUGUCGGAGGAGGUACCAACCUGCCCCCCCAGCAGUCCUGUCUACAGAUGUUGGGUGUACAGGGAGCCAGCCAGGAGCAGCCCGGGGAGAAUGCGCGUCAGCUGGCCCGCCUGCUCUGCGCCACAGUGCUGGCCGGGGAGCUGUCCCUCAUGUCCGCGCUGGCCGCCGGCCACCUGGUCAAGAGUCACAUGACUCUCAACAGGUCCAAAGUAAACCUGCAAGGAGACCCUGGAACAUGUACCAAGAAUUCAGCCUAAAGACUUUAGGGAUGGAGUAUCAGGCACAAAUGGCCUUCAGCACUUAGGGACAGAGCCCAGAGCUAAACCCACGCAGAUCUGUUCUCAGCAUGACUCUCCAAAGUCUGGCAGCCAGCUGGACUCCAGUCCCGAAGAUGUCUCUGUGGUUUUAACAUUAAUACAUGACUCAACUGCUUCACUGAUCAUGCAAAGGUUUUCUAGGCAUAGUCCAAAAUGUUUUGUAAAUAUUGUUCGUGACAGUUACUACUGAUGGCCACUGCAGUAAUGGACUUGACCAAAUUAACUUGGUACCUUUAGACAGAAUCAUGUGGGUUUUUUUCCCCCUUGAUACUUGUUCAGCUUAUACUAGUACAUAAAUACGUGAUCACUAGCGGAGUUACUGAGGUAUGAUUAGCCUAACUUUAAUAUGGUGGAAUUUAUAGGCAGACGUGGAUAGUUGUCCAAAACAUUAAAAUCCAGACCGGGAAGUUGAAUACAGUAAUAUGGGAAACUCAUGCACUGAAUGUAUUUCACAUUCAAUGUGCAAGCACAAAUUUCAGAAAGGUGCUAAAGUAGGGCAGUAGUUAAUUGGUAGGUCGUCAUCCCGCUGCUGUUGCACGUCUGUGGCCGUAGGCUGCUCUGAACAAUUACACCGGGUCUGCGUCUGCGGACGUGUGUCCACACUCACGUGUGUCUCAUCCAGCUUCAAGUUUAGCAGCUACUGCCAAGUCGUUUGCGUGAAGCAGUGACUGUGUAUCACUAAUGUCAUGCGCCAUUUUUUGAGAUGACAUAUAUGCUGCUGGCCAUUUUGUGUAUUUAUUUUAAAGCACAGCGUGAUGGUUUCUGGUUCUGUGCUAAAAUCUUACUGGGGGAAGAAAGAUUGAUGAUUCUCUCAGUUGUAAAGUACUAAGAUGUCCCUCCUUGAAUUUUAUUGUUUUGAAAGAAAAGUAUUAUGUAAUUUUAGUAAAAAAAAAAAAAAAGAAAGGAAAAAAAGUCUUAAUUUAUAUGCAAAAACAACACCACUACUUUGAGAAUCAAAUCUUGAAUGAGGCAUUGGGAAACCAUAGUUUUAUAUUUCCUAUUAUGUAUUUUUAUUAAAACAAUGAAAAAGUGCAAUAAAUGUAAUAUACAUGG